AUGAAUGUCUCUGCUACAGUCACAUUUUUCAUCAUAGAAGGACUGCAGGAGAAGAAAAUGCUCAUGUUUGGUGUUUUUCUAACCGUGUACGUUGUGGUUCUAUGUGGCAAUGGCAUGAUUAUAUAUCUGGUGAGGACAGACCCUAAGCUUCAAACUCCUAUGUAUUUCUUUCUUCAUAGCCUCUCUUUCUCAGACAUAGUGUAUACAUCCGUAACUAUACCAAAUAUGCUCUCUGGCUUACUAAAAGAGGAGCACACCAUCUCCAAAACUGGUUGCUUAUUGCAGAUGUACUUUUUCCUCUCUAUGGCUGUGACUGGUCGCUCUAUCUUAACGGUCAUGGCUUUUGACCGAUACAUGGCUGUGUGUAACCCACUGCGCUAUGGUUCCCUCAUGACCCAGCCAGUGUGCAUCCUCCUGGUUGUGGUCGCGUGGUGCUUUGGGUCUGCAACCGUCCUGCCAUCCCUUUCCCUGGCCGUCCCCCUGCCCUUCUGCGGACCCAACAUGGUGAAGCAUGUCUUCUGCGACCAUUCGUCUGUGGUGAGGCUGGCGUGCGCCGACAAGAGCGUCAACAGCGUCGUGUCUCUAACCCUCGCGCUGUUCGUCCUCAUUGGCACGUUCUCCCUCAUCCUGGCCUCGUACGUGUGCAUAGGUAAGGCUGUGCAUGGCAUGGGGCGGGUGGAGAGGACAAAGGCGUUCACCACCUGCGCCUCUCACCUGAUAGUGGUCUUGGUCUGCAUCUCGUACGUGUCGGCCACGUGCGUGUAUGUCUCCUACCGCGUAGCCACGUUCUCCCCUGACGCACGUAUGAUUGUGGCGGUGGUAUAUUCUGUUCUCACACCGUCUCUCAACCCCAUCAUUUACAGCUUGAGGAACAAGGAGCUUUGGGAGGCUCUAACCAGAGCCCUCAUCCCAGUGCUUAGUCCAAGUGACCGGAAAGCCUCCGGCUGCACGAUAACCCCUCCCGACUGGAAGGGCUCUCGGCUGCCUCUGUCACGUCAGUUCUUCCCCGAACAAGCACCAGAACCGGCCAGACGUGGGUCGUGGUGUCGCUUGGGCCCUCGGUCUCCCGCCGUGCAGCUGCGCUACCUCAAACAGCAGCAAACAGUCCCACUGCAAGCCGAACCCCCGGAUACGCUGGAACCCCUGGACGUUCGGUCGUCAGAGAGUUUGCGCUCUCUAUGGAUGAGAUCCUCGGAUGACGGCAGCAUCGACAUCGGCGUUGAGCCGGGAACUUCUUGCCAGCCGCGGACACUUCCGCGACAUCAGCCGGGCUGGCAGCUCCCGUCGGCUGUGCAGGGCUGGUCCCGCUGGUCGCCUGCACAGGUCCCGCCGGGCCGAAGGUCCUCCAUCCUCCGCAGUGGCGAAGCCUCCAGCGAGCUGGCUAGUCCUUAA